AUGGCAUCAUCAUCUCCAGAGCCUCAAGACGUUGGAAGUGUUGGAUCCACUUGUGCAUACGCAUGCAUCUUACGACGCGUCGCACCUCUCCUCUUGCUGGUGGACAUUGAUGCUGCACGAUGUGAAGCUGAGGUGCUCGAUUUACAAGAUUCGGCAUUCGUAUCUGAAUCCAAAAUCAAGGUCGGGACAUUCAAGGAAGCUGGACAAUGUGACAUUGUCAUCAUCACUGCUGGUGCAAAACAGAGGCCUGGUGAAACUAGAGUCGAAUUGAUUGACAGAAAUCACGCAAUCCUCCGAAGCGUCUUCCAAGAAAUGUCGCCCAUGAAUCCACACACGAUCGUCAUUAUCGUCGCAAACCCUUGUGACGUAUUGACCUAUGUCGCUCAAAAGAUUUCUCAGCUUCCACCUUCUCAGAUCUUGGGAUCUGGAACCAUGUUGGAUAGUUCGAGGUUGCGAAGCAGUUUGUCCAAUAUUCUCAAGGUUUCUGAAACUGCUAUCCAUGCUUAUGUUAUGGGUGAACAUGGUGAUUCUCAAUUCGUUGGAUGGAGCACAGCUACUGUUGGCAACACUCCUUUGCUAUCCUUCCCAGAGAUGCAGACUGUUGAUCGAGUCAAGCUUGCUGCUGAUGUCAAGAACAAGGCUUAUAAGAUUAUUGAAGCAAAAGGAAGCACCUAUUACGGAAUUGGAGGAGUAGCUGCAUCCAUUGCUGAAUCUUGUCUUUUUGAUACCAGACAAGUACGACCAGUCUCGCACUUACUACCAGGGCUAGAUGUCUGCCUUUCUGCUCCAGCAGUUCUCGGUCGCAGAGGUUUGAUACGCACACUCUUACCACCCUUGUCUGCAGACGAGGGUGCAUUGCUCGAGUCGAGUGCAAAGGCGAUGCGUGCGGUCAUUGACAAGUACACGUAA